AGCAUUUAAUAAUGUCCAUAAUGACCAGUGAUGACAAAUAUUUAUUUGAAUAAUGAUUAAUGAAUAAUGACUAAAAAUGCUACAUUGAAAAAAAACAUAUGUAGUGCUAUUUAGAGAAAAUCAUUAUGUUUUAGUGCUAUGUACUUAAAUUCGUCUAUUAUUUUUAACUUAAUGAUGCAGCUAAGAGAUAUCAUUCAAGUUUUAUUGAAGUUGAAGAAGCGUCUCCACACCUAAUCUUCUCCUAGUAACUAUCGCCCCCUUCACUCACAUCGCACAAUAACACUAAACCCAUCGUUCCCUUUCUUUCACCCAUUCUCCUGACUCCUUCGUCUUCUUCAAACGCAUCCGAGAGAGAGAGAGAGAGAGCUUUCAGAUAUGGCUUCCACUGCUCUCUCACAUUCCCUUUUCUCUACCCUCAACGCUCACUCGCCAAUCUCCCGCAAGGGAAACAUCGUCCACAAAUCUCCUCCCCUCUCCUUUUACCGAUCGCUGCCCGUGAAAUUCCGCCCCAUAUCGGUCCAAUGCGAUUCAACCCAGACCAGUUUCAUCGCCAGAUGUGCACCGGCCGACAUUGGAUCGCCGGCCACCAAGACUGAAACCCCAAUUGAAUUGAGGUACCCAUCAUUUCCGACAGUAGUCGAUAUCAAUCAGAUUAUGGAUAUUCUGCCGCACCGCUAUCCAUUUUUGCUGGUCGAUAGAGUAAUUGAGUACAAUCCCGGAGUUUCAGCUGUAGCAAUCAAGAAUGUUACCAUUAACGACCAGUUCUUCAAUGGUCACUUCCCCGGUAGGCCAAUCAUGCCCGGGGUUCUCAUGAUUGAGGCAAUGGCGCAGGUAGGUGGGGUGGUGAUGCUGCAGCCGGAAGUGGGAGGCUCGCGCAGCAAUUUCUUCUUCGCAGGGAUUGACAAAGUGAGGUUCCGGAAGCCUGUUGUCGCGGGAGAUACGUUGGUGAUGAGAAUGACACUCACCAAGCUCCAAAAGCGAUUUGGGAUUGCAAAGAUGGAAGGGAAAGCCUAUGUGGGAGGCGACCUGGUUUGCGAGGGUGAGUUCUUGAUGGCCACCGGCACCAGCGAGUAGAAGAAGAGGAAGAAGAAACUGUUUAUCAAUGGCUUUUUCUAUUAUUAUUACUUAUAAAAAAAUCUUUUUUUUGAUCAAAGGCUGGUUGAUUUUUCGGAUAAUUGGUGCUUCUGCUUCCAACUAUCCCCUUAUUUCUCAUUGAUCAAAAGCUGGUUGUAUCUGAAUCUUAUAGAGGGUGGUGAUGAUUAUAUGAACAUGUAUUUGGUUUUUGGUUUUAUUGGUACUUCACAUUUCAUUACAUAUAAUAUGGGUUUAGUCUUUACUCAAGAUU